UGCAGGGAGGCUGGGCAGGCGGGAGCCGGCUGCUGCAGCCGCAUCAGCUGUUGCUCCCGCGUCCCGGAGGCCUUGGGAGGGAGAGCAGCGGGCCCCCAUGCGGCGGCGGGGAAGGGGGUCUCCGCCUGCGGGCCCCUGCAACAGCAGCGGCGGCCGCUGACGCCGCCCUGGAGUAGCAGCAUGAGCAGCGGCUACAGCAGCCUGGAGGAGGAGGAGUCCGAGGAGUUCUUCACCGCCCGCACCUCCUUCUUCGGGAGGCCCCCGGCCAAAGCCAGGCCCGAGCUGCAAGAUGUUCAGAAAGAGAGAGAAACCCACUCGUAUCUCAGUAAAGAAGAAGUUAAAGAGAAGAUUCAAAACUAUAAUUCAUCUGUUACUGACAAAUUAAAGAUGACCUUGAACUCAAAUGGGACUUACACUGGCUUCAUCAAAGUUCAGAUGGAACUAUACAGACCUAUUACUGUACAGACUUCUGUGAAUCCAGGAGAGCAUGCUCACAAUAACGAGACUUCAUUUUACUUGCCUCCAGGCUACGUGAAUAAGCUUCAUAUAAGCAGCAUUAACACUGUUCGUGAAGUUAUUGAGGCCUUGCUCAAAAAAUUUUUAGUGUUUGACAACCCUGCCAAGUUUGCACUUUAUAAACGCUGUCACAAGGAAGAUCAAGUUUAUACAUGCAAGCUCUCAGACAGAGAACAUCCCCUCUAUCUGCGUUUGGUAGCAGGUCCCAGCACAGAAACACUCAGUUUUGUUCUGCAUGAGCAUGAAACUGGAGAGGUUAUGUGGGAAGCCUUUAGCCUUCCUGAACUGCAGAACUUCUUGCGUAUACUGGACAAAGAGGAAGAUGAGCAACUACAGAUCUUAAAGAGGCGUUAUGCAGCCUACAAAGACAAACUUGAAGAAGCCCUUGGUGGGGUGUGGAAACCAGGUUAAAGUGGGGCCAAAGAACACUCAGGAAAAAUGCGAUGGAGCAUGCCAAACCAAACGUACAGAACAGCAGCAAAGAUUAGUCUUCUUUAUUCAGAAGACUGGUUUGUGAAGCGAGAGUUACUUGUGCUUUUCUAUAGAUUUAGACCCAUAAAUCAGGGCACUUAGAGUCUUGCACCUAUAAGUAAGGAAUUCUGCAUGUCUGUACAUCAACUUGCAACCCCCUAUUGUGCCUUAGAGGGCUUUCCAGGUUACCUUUGUGUAAGCUCUGAAUCUGUUACCUAGGAUGCUAACAAAUAAGAAUUUUUUUACCACUUUUUAUUAUUUGCUUUAAUAUUAAUGAUAGCUUUAAAAGUAAGGAAGUGCAAAUUGAUCAUUUUAAAAAUUAAUAAAACAGCUUAGCCAUGUGUGAACAAAAAUCAGAUUGGAGCACUAUGUUUGAGAUUAAAUAGAUUUGCACUACCUUUCUGUUUUCAAAUAUUUACUGUGUAAUUUGUGAGAAAACAGUUAUAGGUGGAAGGGAUGCAAAACCUUUGAGGUUCUGUGAAAUUGUGGAAAGUUUUAAAGUAGUCUUACUGGAGAAAGUAAAGAGCAAGUUGAAAAGAAGGCAAGAGCUGAGGAAGUGCUGUAAUAGCUGAUGGAAGAUUGAUGUAGAGUGGAAAUACAAAUGUAGAAGAAGAAGUGGAAUUUUAUUUUUUAUAGUGAGUAGUUGU